AUGGAAGAAAAAGAAUUACGACAAGACUUAUAUGAAUGUGUGAGUUUAUUAGAUGUGGCCCAUUUCAAUUGUUGUUUGGGGAAUGAGAAUAACGCCAAACAACAAUGUCUUGAGAUAGUGAAGAUAUUGAAUCGCUUAUCAAAAACGAAAGCAUUUAAAGAAGGAUAUCAUUCUAUAAUAAAGGAUAUAUCUUCAUAUACAUUGAAAUUCUAUGAUUCUAUAGAUAAAGGAAAUCAUUUUACUUAUAGUGAAAAGAUAAUGUGGCUAAGUUCCAAAUUAUAUGGAGAGUUUUAUCCUCCACUUACCGUAUACUCCCAUAAAUUAGAUUCAUUUCAUAGCUAUCUUUUGCCAAUCCAGAAAGUCAUAAAAGAAAAAACCGACAUUCUACCCCUACCUGAAUCCCUUAACGCUCAUUAUGAACAGGUAGAUAUAAAAAAUUGGACUUUAGACUACAAUGCUUUAUCGGAGUUAUAUCAGGACCUUCUAACAAACUGUUCAUUUGUUUCGUCUUUAUUGUCUAUUGUCGAAUUGGACCGUAAGGACCUUCUUGAGAAUUUGAUAUCUCCUCGUCAAGAUCUGUCAAUUUUUAAGUGCCAAUUAUACUUCAAUGGAAGCUCAAGGUUGGUUACCAUAGACAAUACACUACCAUUUUUAAAUGAUUCUAAUAGAAACUUAACCAUCAAUUCUAAUGAGAAUUUGUAUUGGCCUGCUUUGGUUGAGAAGGCUUAUUUGAAAGUCUUAGGAAGUGGUUAUAAAUUUGAGGGCUCUAACAUGGCGAUUGAUACGUACAUGUUAACUACUUGGAUACCUGAAAUCGUUCCAAUAAACAACAGUAAGCUAUAUGAUUGUGAUGACGUUUGGGAAAACUAUUUAUCGAAAUCAGUGUUGCUUGGAAUAGGAACAGGAAAGUUGAGUGUAGAAUUGUCAAAAAAACUAAAUUUCAUUUCUGGCCAUGACUAUCUUGUCACAUCAUUCGAUCCAAUUACUCAUACUAUUGUGUUGAAAAAUCCAUGGAUUGAAAACGAUAACAGUUACAAGAGAACGUUAACAAUCUCAGAUCAAGAUUUACAUCACUUCAAAUAUUUUUAUAUCAACUGGAAUCCAAAUGCAUUUUUUAAAUAUAAGUUCCACAUGACAUUCAUAUACAAUGUCAAAGACAAUACCGGAACUCAUAUGUAUCAAAAACCACAAUUUUCUCUAUUGAAUCCAACCGAAGAUUCUCAAAAUGUCUGGUUACUACUUGAGAAACAUUUACCACUUAAAAACUUUUCGGAACAACUAAUUAACAUUUUGAUUUAUGAGACUCAGCUCGGGGAUAAAGUUAUAGUCUCUAAUCAAUGUAUCAGGGCUAAUAAAGACUCUAGUACAAAUAGCAGAUUAAUGUUGCUCAAAUUUACUAUGAAACCUAAACAAGCUUAUACAAUUGUCAUAUCUAGUACAAUCGCCAACACUUUCACAUUGAAUAUGUACAAUAAUAUAUCUCGCGAUUUCACUUUCACCAAGGCUAAAUUCAAAUAUCCUACCACUAUUCCUACCUUCAAAGAUAAGUGGACAUCUGAUAAUAGUGGUGGAAAUUGGUCAUUAUCAACAUAUAUUGAUAAUCCUCAGUAUGACAUAGAAGUCAAGACAUUACCUACAAACAUCAUGAUUGGACUUUUUAGUGAAUUCAAAGACAAAUUUGUAAAUUUCCAUAUAUUUCAGUCAGACCCAAGUGGCAAAGGGCAUCGCAUAAGGCUAUUUGAUAAAUCAAAAUUGCUCGUUAAUGAAAAAUAUAGCAUGACAUACCAAUUUGAAGAUUUUAAAAGUUUGCAGCCAGGAUUUUACAAAAUUGUGGCAUCCGCUUUUGAUAAUAACUUAAACGGAGCAUUCGAGUUGUUGGCAAUCCAUGAUUCACCUCCGAACAAUAUAUCAAUAACGAAAAUUCACCCAUCAUUGGGCUUGUUUCUCCAAAAAAAGGAGUUUGAUUGGAAUAGUUCAAACCGAUUCAAGCUCUACUUUAAAGCAACUCAAUUCAGUUCUCGUUUUACUUUUCAUUUGAAGCAUUACAGCCAUAUUAAUAAAAAUACAGAAUCACUUUCGGACUAUAGACCAUUCAUAAGAGGAUCAAUUUUUGAUGCAGAGAACAGCCAACCAAUACAGAUAAACGAAGAGUGGAAUGAUUCGCUCUACGGCUUAUUUAUUGAUUGUGAUAUCCAAAAACCUAAAACCUAUAUAUUACUAGUUGAAAGAUUCGAACUGGGAUCGGGCCGAUGUAAGGUUGAUAUUGGCUGUAAUAGAAAAUUCAACAUCUUAUAG